AUGUUAACUUCUUACGUUUUACAUUUAAUUUUAAAAGGGAGAUCAUUUCUAUUAAAAUUUUAUAUAGUGUUAGCCAGUGCUGGGUAUUUACCAUUUGUUGGCUCCGGCUCUGGUCAACGACAACCUAAUCGUCUUUUCACUCAAGUAAUUGAAUUUGUUUGUAAACAAUUUUAUAUUCUUCACCGAAAACCAUUUUUAUUACAAAUUGUUCUUCCCUAUCCAACACCUUUACAAGCAUUAGAUUUAUGUUAUAAAGAUGAACCUAAUACUUUUACAAUCCUUACAGAUGCAAUGGCUAGUUGUGUUACAAUUUGUGCAUUUGCCCCAGAAACACGUCGCAGUCACCAAAUGUUACUUUGUAUGCAGUCAAUGCUUCCCCAUCUUUUAUUACACAUGGAAGAAGAAAGUAGUAAUGCAGCAACUGCAGCCACAAGUAAAAACGGGGGUGUUGGGGAUGCUUCUGGCCAUCGUUCACAGAGUGCUGGAAUGACUGGUGCUGCAUCAACUUUUGCUGAGAUUAAACAUGAAUUGGCUGCUUUUGCAACACUUGGAGUUGAAAUGCGUGCAUUAGCAAAUAGUUGUGAUGUUUUGGCAAGAGGGCCAACACGUUCACUUGAUUUUUUAUCUGCGACUGGCGUAGGAGCUUCUAAUGCGUUCUCAACCGCUAUGCGUGAACGUAAAAGCCGUUCAUUCCUAGCAACAAAUGAACGUGCUGAUUCCCCUCAGUUUUUUGAUCCCCCAACAAUUAUUGACGACGAACCAAGUAAACAACAACCAACUGGAGGUCAAAGCCAUUCUGGAGGAGGGAUAAACAACACUGGAGGUACAAAACCAAAACUUACAAUGGCAGGUUGGGCAGAUUCUGGUACAACUACGGAUAUUGAAAUACAUAAAGAACAGUUUAGAGGGCCUAGAGAUGCUUUACUUACCCUUUGUGCAAUGUUCAUUCACCGAGGAUCUAUUCGCCUUAAAGAACUUUCAAAGCUUUUGGCAUCAGGUAGUGGACAUUCUGCAGAACACUCCUCUACUCGAGUACCUGAAUUACUUGAUCAUCGUUGUCAUUCAAAAAUUAGUGAAGUAGCUGUCGCUUUACUUAAAUUAGCUCCCUAUGAUGCACAAACACUUACAUGUAAUGGAUUACGUGAUUACUUUACUCACGUUCUUCCAAUUGUUGAUUGGUCUGUUGAGACUAAUAGAUCAUCAAUAAAUGUUAUUCUUCGCCGACUUGACAAAACAAUAGUUAAAAUAGCUAAAAGGCCAUCAAUGCGUAGGAGUGCUGCUAAUUGGGAAGCUGUUAGUUGUUGGUUAGCUGGACUAUAUCAAACUUUAUUGCAUUCCCCUCAUAUUGCUCAUUUACAUUCUUUGAAAACAAUAACACUUUUAUGUCUACGUCUAACACUUGGAGAUACUUUAGGCCCCAUAGAGGAACCUACAGGUCCACAACAGCCACACAUUUCUACACCAGUUUAUUCACAUACUGUUUUAAAUUCACAUAUUCCUCCUUCAAUUUUUUGUUCUGUUGCUUUGAGACUUUUUACUGUUUGGGCAGAAAGUCAAAGAUUGGGACAUUUUGGAGCACAAGCAUUCUCUUUGGAAUUAAUUUGUACAUCAGAGGCUAUUGGUCCUCUAGCAGAACGUCCUGAAGCACUAUUCUGCCAAUUUCUUAUUCCGAUGUUUUUGCGUGCAGCGAUUCCUGGAAAAGCCUCCCCAAAAUUUUAUUCAAAAGACUUGCAUUUCUGUCUUCAUUUAUUACAACAAGCUAUCUGUCCUCCACUUGUUUCUAAACAAAGUGUUGUUCCAAUGGCUGUGAGUGGAAGUAGUUUAGCUAAUUCUUUAAUGCGGGAAAGUACUACUGGUGGAGGGGGAUUAGGUGGAGGAGGUAUUGGUGGAAUAACUGGAGGAGGAGGAGGAGGGAAUGUUGGUGGUUAUCGUCAAGGAUCUGUUUCUGUUACAGAAAAAGGGGGAUUUUCGGCAACAGUUUCAACGGCAAGAAUUGUUCGAGAUUCUGUUGCUUUGUCUGUUAUUUUGGUUCGAGAAAUGGUUGCAAAAAAAUGUGGAGGGCAAGCACUUUGUUCUUUCCUCGAAUCUAUGAUUUGCUCUAAUUUACCCAUUGCUGAAAUGCUUCAACCAUUAAUGCAAAUUCGUCUUAGUCAACGACCAGCAAACGAUUUAGAUGCUUCUUGGCAAUCAGAAAUGCGUGAAAGGCUUUUGACUAUUAAACAAUUAAAAGUAGAAGAUUCUUUAAUUAUUUCAACACAAUAUUCUAAUAAAUUAUUUUAUUCUUCUUUUAAUAUUUUUUAUCAAUUACAAAUACUUCGAAAAGAAUUAAUUUUAUUGAGAGAAGAUUUUUCUAAUCGAAGUUUAGAAAUUCCCCGUUCACACACUCCAACAAUUGGCGGAGAAAUUCAUUCGGAUUCGGGGAGUUCUGGGACUGGUACAAGAGAAUCUCGACGUUUAAGUUCCUCUGCAGCCUUGGGAAAACUUCGUUGGAUUCAGCCUACUCGAAGUGGAGGAGGAGGGGAUGAAAAAAAUGCAAAGAAGAGUCUUUCAAGUCAACAACAAGAAAAUACUACAACAAUUAUGGAAAUGGAAGAAACAAUUGGGGAUGAUGGAGUAGAUAAUGCACCAACUACUUCUGUCCAACGAGUAAACAAAAGCCCUUCGUUACCAUUUAGUGCCCGAAGUUCAAUGCUUCAUGCAAGUGGUAUUCGACGCAAAACACCUCCCACCCGUAUGCCUAGCGCUGAUUCAUCAGCUACAACAUCAGCAGGUUUAGGAAAGAUUUCAGGAAAAUUAGAAAUGAGUGAAGUAAGCCGAGAAUUGGGAAGACGUACAAAAUCAUUGAGAAGUCCCGGAGGAAGAUUUGCAAUAUCUAUGGGGGAAGAGUCUUCCAGAACUGUCCCUACAGAACCGUCAACACCCUCACUAAGUUCUUUGGCUCAUGGAAGUACAGGAGAGAGGCCAAGAGUUGUCUCUUUUUCAACACCACGGCAUAGCAGUAUAUCUGAAACAAUAAGUGAAGCAGAUUCAGAAACAGAAUUUUGUAUUACAUCUACUAAACAUUUAAUCUAA